AAAGACAAUCGCAGUUAAGCUCCUGUAAAAAGAACGAGUUGUUUUUUGACGGAUUAAAACGCAUAAACUAUUAACACAGCAAAUAUGGAGGGAAUUGCGAAUCUAAAAAAGACUUUUACUUUCUCACAUCGUAAUAAUGGUCAAGCAAUUCCAUCAAAGCUCGAUCCAGAGUGUAUUGUUAAAGAAGGUUUUCUAGUUAAAUCUCCUCCACAGGAGCAUGUUAUUCGAAAAGUUGCAAGAUGGCAUUUACGUUAUCUUGUGUUGUACGAUACAAAGUCAAGAGUUGACAUUGAUCAGAUAAUUGAAAGAGAAGUUUUUAUUUUUUAUUACAAAGAUGACAAAUCAAAAGAAGCCGGUGAAAAACCAUUAGGCAAAAUUUCAUUAAUUAAUGCAAAUGUUGUUCCACAUCGAGGCAAUUUGCACAAUUAUAAAUAUGCUAUAGAUAUAUAUACGGAUAAUCGUGUCUGGCAUUUGUGUGCAAUGCAACAGCCCGUUAUUGAAAGUUGGUUUACGGAAAUAAAAAGUCGAAGUAUUUCAAAUUUUCCAAAGGUCUUCACUAAGGAUAUUUCUCCAUUCAAGGUCGCUGCUAUGUUUUUUGAACCCCGUACAGUAAUGGAUAAUUCUUUUAAAGAUAAACAAGAUAGCGAAGACUGUAGACGUUCGUCGUUACCACAACAAAAUUUACCCAGAAUUUCAGUUUUGCAUAGUGAUAGUUUGUCUCCAGAACUAAGGCAUUCAUUUUAUGCUCAAAACACUUCCAACAACGAUAUAGAGGAUUCUGCAAAGAAUACUUCAAAAACAAUGUUUAAUCAUGUAGAAGAUUUUGAUACAGAUGAAGGUAUAAUACGGACCAUAAGCGAUUGUUCUACUUGUUCUACAUGUACCUUUUCCAGUGUCUCAUCGAUUACAACACCAAGUAUUCCGGAAAAUAAAGAAACUACAGAAUACGAUGAAAUAUUUGGUCCGUUCUCAUCUGCAUUUCAAGGACCUAAACUUGAAAGUAAUAACUUAUGGAAAAGUCGUUCGCAAGGAAACUUGUUGUCUCCUAUGGAGAUUCCCAAGUCUUAUUCACAGUCAAAAACUCAUCAUAGUGCAAACUUUCCAACGUAAACUAUCAAGCCAAUUUGGUUUUAAGAUUGACUCAAAUAAAAUAUAAAAAGAUGUAACUUUAUAAGUUUAAUUUUGUAUAUAAGGGUAUAGUUUUAUAAAUAUUUAAAUGUAAAAAUUUUAAAAAAAUAUAUAAAUAAUGAUUAA